UAUAUCACAGAAUGAUGAAUGUUCCUAUUUAUUGCUCUACUAUGUCACACAUUGUAAGUGAUAUAAAAGUCUUAACUAUCAGUCAACAAUUGUUGAAAGGCGCUAUCAGCCAUGUCUGUCUGACCAGCUCAAGCGAUUUCCGAACUCUUAGUCAGUUGCGAACUGAAGCUCGAGGAAUGAUGAUCAAACUACUCCUGCUGUUCCUGGCAUGCUGGAGUGCGCUUCCCUUGGAGGCAUCUCCCUUGGGUAACCGAUAUAACCUAGAAAUCGGUGGAAAGCAGUACUACAUUUCGUUGGCAAAGACCAACUGGUUCGAGGCAAGCAAUCACUGCCGUCAGAAUGGCGGAUUUCUUCUCAAUUUGGAGAGCAGGGAGGAACUGGAGCUCCUUAGCCCCCACCUCCAUCCAGCCUACAGCUAUUGGCUGUCCAUCAAUGACCUCGGCGAUCGGGGCGCAUACGUGUCGGAGGCCACUGGUCUAGAGGCUCCAUUUCUUAACUGGUCCGCCGGAGAGCCGGACAACAGCAGUGGCCAGUGGGAUCGAUGUGUCGAACUCUGGUUGUCGACAUCCUCCUUCCAGAUGAACGCCCUACCAUGCUAUAGUCCCGUCGCCUUCAUUUGCCAGCUUAACUAGUAUCAAAAUCUGGACUUCAAAACAACUUGUUUUCUAAUUGAUUGAAAUUAUAAAACUGCCAUUUUUCUUAGC